GGUGCUUCUGUAUUUGAGUCAAGGGGAGAGGGACAGUGGAGCUGUCAACUGCCGAGGCUGCCGCAACGUUUCUGAGGAAGGAGUGCAGUUUGUGGUCUUCAUCUCAUUAACCCCGAUCUGUCAUCCCGGGAAAACACCCCGGCGGAGGGGAUUAAAAAUAGCUCUUCCAAUAUCCGAACAAAAGGAGAACACUGCGGGAAGCCAGUGUUAGCAACUGAAGCAGAGCCUUUUUAUUAUGCUAAAACAGACGUCCGCUCUUUUAACGAUGCCUGUUAACGGGAUUCGGCAUCCGAUAAAACUGGAAGGGGAGACCCGAAACCGGGAGAAAGCGGAGGCUGAGAGCGAUCGGUGCCGGACCCGAGACAGGUUCGAGGCUACCUUGGCUGGACUAGGAGAGCUGGAUUUGCUGAAGCACAGACAGGAGUACUUGGUUCGGGGUGCAAUGGAAUUACUGAAAGCUUCUGAGGACACUGCAGCUCUCAAAGGCGAAAGGAGAAAGGGAUCUCAAGGGGAACUUUAUUUGACCCCUGAGGAAAAGCAAUUAGAAGAUAACAUUAUCAUGUUAAGGAAACAAUUGAACUGUUUGAGAAGGAGAGAUGCUGGCCUCAUAAAUCAGCUCCAGGAGUUGGAUCGACAGAUCAGUGACCUUCAGUUGGAUGUGGAGAAGGGUCCAAAUGACAACCUAGAAACAGACAGCAGACCCAGUUCAGUUUUGGCAGGGUAUUCCACUUUUUUAAAAAAGCUGUGCUGCUUUGGGUUUCCCAGUGGCUUAGUAGGUUUUUACGAAAUGAGUGAUGGAGCAUCUGGGUCACUUUCAAACUCCUCUAAUUCUGUUUUCAGUGAGUGUUUAUCCAGUUGUCAUUCCAGCACCUGCUUCUGUAGCCCACUGGAUGCACCACUGAACAUUACAGAUGGCCGCCCUAAGUCCACAGAGGAUUUCAUUGGCUGGAGAGAUUAUGGAGAGGAACUUUUUGAAUGCCAAUAUACCGGUGUUGUUCGACGUUCGUUCUCUGUACCCUAUUCUAGUUCCAUUGAUGUGGUCACUGAUAUUCAUCCCAAGUAUCAAUGUGACUUGAUUUCUAAAAAUGGUAAUGAUGUGUAUCGAUACCCAAGCCCUCUACAUGCAGUUGCCGUACAGAGUCCAAUAUUUUUUCACCCGGCAACAGGGAGCGUUAAAGAGGAAGAGGAGAAGCCUCAGUGCGGUGCGGGCACUUCCUCAGUGGCAUCAGGGUGUGAACCUGUAAAAACUGACUCUGCUGCUCCAGCCUCCCAGAACAGUCCUUGCCCAGUGGUUCACCCUUCAACAAUGAAAAGACUGGAUAAUUAUAUACUUGGCCUUGUUCAGAAGAAAAUCCAACCCCUUAGACCAAAUAAGCCAAGGACCAGCCUAAAUACAGAUCCAUUGAAAGGGAUCUUGAGGCAAGGUAGUAUCUGUGUCAAACAGACAAUUGUACCCAAUAACACCGAUUUGAAAAUGUCUAAAAAUGUUCACACCCAUCCUCCUGCAUCUAAUGGGUCUGAAUGCAAUGUAGCAUCCCCACAAAGGCAAUUUCCAGGCAAUGAAAAUAAGCAGAACCAGAAAAACAUGCAAGAAUCUAAAAUAGAAUCUAUAAAUACCCAAAUAACUGUUGUUCCAUCUACUGUUAAUGAAUUUCAGCUGAGUAGCUUGCCUAAAAAAAAGGCCAAUGUGUUGACCAAUGGGCUAACUAAAUGUCCUGUGACUGUAGAUUACCAAGAAGGGAAUGGUGAAUGUGGCUCUUGUACACCUAAAGAUAAUGCACAUCAGCAUUUCUCAGGACAUGAAGAAAAGGUCAUGCAACCUCUUAAGGUGGCAAUUCCCAAAAGGUCGCAAAGAUCACCAAUGGCUUCCUUUCCCAUAGAAGAAAGAGCACCGCUAGAUGCAAGGAGUGAAGCAUCCUCUGUACAGAGUUUAGAAGAUGAUGGGCAAUUAGUCAAUAGCCAAUUCAUUCCAGCUGAGCAACAAGUGAUAAAAUCUCACAAAGAUUCCAAAAAUGUAAAGAUCAGCAAACUUAAGAGCUCCACAUUGAAGUCCAGGCCCCACUGUGACAGAACUCUUCAAUCAAAUGUUCAGACCUUGAAACAAAAAACAAAAGUUAUUCCAAAAAGAUGCCACUUUUCUGAUGACAUUGAUCACGUGAAACGAAAUGUGAGGAGGCCCUCGUCCAGAACAAAGAAGGCCUUCCACACCAUAUCUGAGAACAGUGUUCUCGGAAGACAGACCGGGACCAAAUCUACUAGGUGCAGCGGACUUGGAAGGGAAGCUGUCCUGGUGAAGCCCAGGUACAAACAAAGGAUUGAUUACCGGAAAUGGAGGUCCUCGGCUGAGGUUUCUCGUGAAGAAGCAAUGAAACGCUUCAGAAGGCACAACAGAAAGGAGGUGCUGUGUCGUGUGCCUGGUGUGUACAGGCAGAACAAUGGUGUUUGUGCUCUACGGGGAAGUGAUUCGGAGUACUCUGCUGAGUGUGAGUCUUUGUUUCACUCCACUGUGGCAGACACUAGUGAGGAUGAGCACAGCAAUUACACCACCAAUUGCUUUGGAGAUAGUGAGUCCAGUUUGAGCGAUGUAGAUAUUGUCGGAGAAACUACUUCAUCCAGUGACUCAGAUGAAAACAGUGCAUUAGUCUGGUCACAAUUUACCCAGUCUCGACCUGCACAAAAGUCAGCUGCAGAGUUAAAGAAGUCUCCACCGAAGGCCUUUGUCAAAAUCAAAGCAUCGCACAAUCUAAAGAGAAAGAUUCUACGUUUCAGAUCAGGUUCACUAAAAUUAAUGACAACUGUAUAAGGGAAUCUGACAUUUAUAUUGAACUCCAUGUGAUGCAGGAUCUUACUUUGAAUUGUACACUUAAAGAUUUAAAGAACCAUUUGUCAGAAAUAAGCAUGUAGGUUUUAAACUGUCAGUAUUCUGUGCAUGAUAUUAUUGUUCAAUAUUGGCUCUAAAUUGUACACUGCUGUUUGUAUAUAGUACCUGUACAUUAAUACAAGUUGUUUCAUUCUUUAAUAAAUUGUUUUAUCUUGAAUCUUUAAA